AUGGCCUCGAUCCGGGUUCCGCGGCUACAUCAUCUGGCGAGAGGCCAUAAUAGACUGUAUCAACCCCAACAAAGAAGAUGGGCCCAGGUGCACGAUGUGCGCUUCCUGGCCACCCAUCGAGACCCGCAGCAGGUGAUAGAUAGAUACAAGCACAAGCUAGAUCAAAAAGCGAAGCAGGAAGGACACCAGUCGGUAGAAUCUCUGAAAGAAGCAUACAAAGACAAGAUUGCCGAAUAUCGUCGCAACGCAUCCACCGUCGCAACACCUGAGCCAUCACCAGAUGCUUUACCAAGUAGCGCAUCACCUGUCUCUACGGAUUCCUCCGCUUCAUCCACUUCCGCAAACUCGACAACAUCUAAGAUUGCUGCCGCUGCUAAAGCAGCCACGGAUCCUAACACACCAGGCAUCAAGCCUCUGGGCUCCUUUCUUAACGUCGAAAAGAUCCUCACUCUCCCACCGAAAGAAAUAGAGACUCUUUGGAGACUGCGACAUGCAAACAAUCCACGGUCGAUCUGCGCGGUUAUUCCUCUAGAGACUUACCAACGAAUGGCGGCGGCGGCACGGUCGAAUCCGCAGUUUAUUCUUCCUUUGCCACGGCAAGGACCCGAAAACACGCAAUCAGAAGACUCGGCUGCUGUCGAAGGUGGUGCCGAUAUUCAUUUCUUACAAUGGGGAUUCCACCCUCCUGCUGCAUCACCUGCGUCGCCCCUUCAGACAGCCAAUACACAUACCUCCACCAUCGUUUUCACGCAUCUGGCCGCUUACAAACUGCACGGCUCUUAUGCGCAACCCCAUACAACAAUUACACACCAUCUCGACCUGGCCGAUGAGAAGGGACUAGUACUUAUGCACGGACAAGUUAUGCCGGACAGCGGCGUUUCGGUUUCUGAAGCCAGCUGGCUGGUUAGUUGCGUGCAGCGAUUCUAUGACUUUGAUGGUGAAGGUAGUGGACGCAAAGGCGAAUUGUUGCGUAUGUUCACUCGUGGUGAUGUCGAGGGCUUCAAGGUUGAAGAUCUAGUCAGUGAGACAGAGACUCUCUCCUAG